GAUUGUGAAUUAUGAUUAAAAAUGAAAGUUAAACACGUGAACAAAAAUGAACCAAUUAAAGUGAUUAGUUGAUUUAUUUUAUCCAAAAUCAAGUUGAAUGAAUAACAAUCAAACAAUUUAAUUGAAAUCAGAAAUAGGAUCAGGAUUGAUUGUUAACUUUUGUCCUUUUGUUUUCCCAUUUUGUGAUAAUCAUGAUGCUGAUUUAACAUUUAUCUUUAUCAUCUUAACCAUUGGUCAGUUGGUGAUUAUCUUGACCAACACAACAUAAGAUAAACAUGGAAAUGACUUCACCUUUGUUUUCAAAUCUUUUCUCAUUAUUAUUAUCAUGAUGAUAAUAAGAUGAUGAUAAGAUGACUUCUAGUAUUUACUUUAAAUGAUUGUGUUGUGAUGAUGAUGACCAGUAAUGUCCAUCUGAGUGGACAUCAAUUUGACCAAGAAUUGGUAAUGUGAAUGACAAGCAAGUCAAGAAGAAUCAAUUUCUGUUAACUUAUCAUCAUCAUCAUCAUCUUUAGGCUCAAGAUGAAGACAAAGAUGAUGAGAGGGUGAAGAUGAAGAUGAAGAUGAGGAUGAGGAUGAUUUGAGUUGGUCAAACAUGUUUGACCACUCACUGUGUCUAUGAAAGUUGUCAUCUUGCUUGACAAAAGUAAUAAAGUUUAAUCAUUACCAUCAACAAACAAAUACAAUUAACCACAAUCAUUUAAUGGUUUAUAUACACAAUUUUUAUUCCUGACAAUUAACUUAAUUUUGUUGGAAUCAACAAAUUUUUCAUUGAUUAACUGAUCCUGAUUAACCUAACCCAAUAUUUAAACGUUAACAUUGACAAUCAAAAAACUAGGAUUGUCUAAAAUUUGAUUUUUAACUUAAUUGUUAUUAAAUUGACUGCAAACCCCUAGAAAUGUUUUCAAUGAUUAAGAAUCAAGUGAACUGUUAAUUAAAUGAGACAGGAAAAAGUUGAUCAAUGAUCUAAAUCAAUGAUUAACUUGAUUGUCUUCCCAAUCCGAUUGACCUUAAACUAAAUUAACUGUAAAUUGUUAAAUUUAAAUCGAGUCAAAAUCUAAACAAAUAUCAUCAUUAUCAGUUAAUCAUUUGGCAACUAAUUUGAUGAUGAGAAAAGGAAAUUAAUUAAUUGUUCAACCCAGAAGAAAACGGAAAAGAUUAGUGUUUCUAGUCAACAAUUAACAAUAAAAUUAACUGAAUAAUGAAAAAGGAAAUAGUCUAAUUGUUAGGGCUACAAUAAGUUAAUUUAGUUUAAAUUAAACGAUAACAGUAAUUAAAGUGUUACACUGAUUGUUUGAUCCUUUGCUAUUUACGAGGCUGUUUGAUUAAGUUGAUCAAAUCAAUACCAAUUGAAUUAAUUGGCUAUUGUUUGAAGAUAUCACUGAUUGUUCAGUCGCAAUCAGUUGAUUAACAUGAUUUAUAUUGAAAAAAAGCACAAUCAAAUUACACCUUAAGUUUACAAUGAGAAAAGUUGAUCUUAAUUGUUGAUAAACUUGAAACAUACACACCUAAUGAUUGUUGUUACAAUUUGAUUGAUUAACAAGUUGUAAAUUGUGUCCACUCAAUGGGUCAGUUUUGAUUUUCUGUUCGUAGCUAAAUUGUGCCAAGUUAAUUGUUACUAAUUCAUCAAGUAACUUAAGAAAGAAACGAAAAUAAAGAAAAUCUCUCUGAAUAAUAUAAUCGUAAUUAUCUUACCCUCAGAAAACAAACAAGAAAACAAACUGACCACUUAAAGGUGUGUCCAGUAAGAAGAUGAUCAUCUAUGUAAUAUAUUUAUUCAAGAAAAAUGACCAAGGUAAAAAAAGAACUAGAAGAAAAAGAAAAGAUAAAAGAAAGUAAAAAAAAAACGAUGAUAAUACUGACCAUUAGGAUGAGGGAAUUUAUCUUUGACUGACCUUGACUUACCUUUGAUCAUCAUCAUCAUCAUCAUCUCCUCCCUUCUCAUACCUUAAUGAUUACCUUGGGUAAAUUUGAAUAGUUAACAGGAACUCGGGUUAAUUAACAAUCAAGUAUCGAUACUAUUUAAGGUCGGUCAGUGAUGGUUCAAACUCUUGGACAAGAAAAAAGGUUACCAAUACCAAAGCCGAAUGAGAAACCAAUAGUUUCCUUUACUCUCCUCCCUCUAAUCAUCAUCUUCAUCUUCAUCCUUCCAUCCCACCUUCAUCAUCUUAGAGAGACAGGUAACAAUCUGAGGGAGAUGAGAGAGAGAGAGAGAGAGAGAGAGAAAACUUUUUGUUCCUUAAAAACUUUUCAAUGUAAGUUUAGUUUUCGAUAUUGAUGUUUACCUGAUCAUCUCUUUCUCAUCAUCAUCAUAAAUUGAUUCAACUUUACCGUAAUUAGAACCAUUUGAAAUUCACAAAUUAUUAUCAUUUGUUAAUCAAUAAGUAUCAAUGAAAUCAUAUCAACAGUUAAUUGUGAUAAUAACAUUCAUAUUAACAUGGGAACAUGUUAAUUCUGCCCCACAAAUCAAACUACAACCUUACAGUGCAAAUCAAACGGGUUGUACUUACGAUGGUCGAGUUUAUUAUGAUGGUCAACGGAUUCCACAUUCACCUAAUCCUUGUGUGACCUGUUAUUGUAAACGGAAUAUCGUUCGGUGUGCUUUGAAUGAAUGUCGAUUUCGAUACGAUUGUGAACCCGAAUAUGUACCUGGUCAGUGUUGUCCAAAGUAUGACCAUUGUAAUCGAAACAAUCAAAAGAAUAAAUUUCGAGCGACAAAUUUACAAGAGAACAUGGAACCUGGAAAUUUGAUUAAAUCGAUUGUUGAUUCGAAAAGUGGAUCAAAAGAUGAUGAUAUUUCAAUCGAAAGUGUCACUGGGACCAAUGGUGGAAUCGGUAAAACAAUUAAUGAUCAAGAUACAACGGAAAUUGUCACUAUUAUGAGGAAUGAUCAUCAAUCGAAAUCAUCAUUAAUUAAUGAGUCAACUAAUCGAAUUAAUUUACGUCGGAAAAAGGUUUACAUUGGUCCGAAUAAUAGAUUACUCAUUAAUCCAAUACAACCAACGAUUCCAUCAAUUUCUUCAACAUCUAAAUUAGAUCAACUUGCAACCACCACGGUUACUGAUCCAACUUUAAUCAGUGGAAUGGUUAGUCUAUCAUCUGGAUUAAUUAGUGAACAAUUAACAACAUCUACAGUUGAACCCAAUUUGAUGAAAGAUUUUGUUGAUGAGGUUAAGAGUGAGACACGAAAACCACCAUAUGAAUUAGAUUUUCAUGAUUUACAUCAAUCGACAACCAGUUUACCACAAUCAGAGUUAAUUAAUUCAGAUCCAUUGGUGGAAAUUGAUACAACUGAAAAUGGUCAACAAACAGCAACAAUUACAACAUUACGAACAUCAAUUAAUUAUGUCACUCGAUCACCUAAAUCGUUAUUAUCGCCAUCAACAAAUCCAUCAAUUGUUGGAGAUGAAAUUGAAACUGAAUCAAUUCCAGUAGAUUUACAAUCAACCAGAGAGGAAAGUGAAACAAAUUUACAAAAUUUAAACGAUUAUCAUAAAAAAGGAUUAAUUAAUCAACCAACUUUGGUCAAUUUAAAAUCAACUAAUAAAACAUUAGGAUCUUCAAGUUAUGUUAGAAACAUUUACAAAACAACCGUUAGCUUUUUCAACGGUUUAAUUGGACGAUUUGGUUGAUUAGA